ACAAACGGCAGGGCGCAGGCGCGAAGCAGCAGCCUGAGCUCGCGCUGCGGAGUGAACAGCGAACUUUAUUCGUCUUUAAUUAAACUGAUUCGUUUUUAUUCAGUUUUCCCGGGAAGCUGAAGUCAGACAGCUGCGUCACCGAGCAGGUGACGAACAGCGCGAGACGCACCGGAGCGCGAGACCUGCGGCUGUUUGACCAACGCGGAAGUCGUCGUCCCAGUGAUGAAGCGGAGUCGGGUGCUGGCCGUGCUGGUGGGCGGAGUCUUCUGCUUGGCGGUGAUGUCACUGUACCGCAUGCUGGAGAUGAUGCAGGGGGCGGAGCUUCAGAACACAGGGGAGACGCCUGAUGGACUGGUUGACAGCGAUUUGUCCCGCCUCCACCAGAUGAUUGACAGGUUGGAGCAUCUCCUGAGCUACAACAACCGUCUGGUCAGUGAGCUGCGCGACGCUCUGCUCAACCACAAAGCAUCAUGGGAAAAAGGGCGAGGGGCCAAUGUGAGCUCAGACUCUUCCCACAGCCGAGCGGACGCGCUGCCUGGCUGCCGAUUGGCUGAAAAGAUGAAGGACGGAACCGACGGCGUGCAGCUGCUGGAUGUUUACGACCUGCUGCCGUUUGAUAACCCCGACGGCGGCGCCUGGAAACAAGGCUUUGAGGUCCGUUACCAGGGCAACGAGUGGGACGAGCAGCCGCUGGAAGUGUUCCUGGUGCCUCACUCGCACAACGACCCCGGCUGGUUGAAGACGUUCGACAGUUAUUAUCAGGAUCAGACGAAGCACAUCCUGAACAACAUGCUGAUCAAACUGACUGAAGACAGCAGGAGGAAGAUGAUUUGGGCAGAAAUCAGUUAUUUCUCUAAGUGGUGGAACGACAUCGACGAGCAGAAGAGAGAGAUGGUCAAACGCCUGCUGAAGGCGGGGCAGUUGGAGCUGGUGACGGGCGGCUGGGUGAUGGCUGAUGAGGCGAACUCUCAUUACUUUGCUCUGUUGGAUCAGCUGAUCGAGGGACACCAGUGGAUACAGCGACACCUGGGUGUGAAGCCGAGCAGCGGUUGGGCCGUGGAUCCGUUUGGCCACUCCCCCUCUAUGACCUACCUGCUGAAGGGGGCGGGACUUCAGAACAUGCUUAUCCAGCGGACUCACUACACCAUCAAGAAACACUUCGCCCAGCAGCAGACGCUCGAGUUUCAGUGGCGGCAGAGCUGGGACUCCUCCCCCCGCAGUGACAUCAUGUGUCACAUGAUGCCAUUCUACAGCUAUGACAUACCGCACACGUGCGGUCCGAACCCGGCGGUCUGUUGUCAGUUUGAUUUCUAUCGCCUGCCGGGUGGGCGGGUCUUCUGUCCAUGGAGGAUACCGCCACAGCCAAUCACAGAGCAGAACGUCCAGGAGAGAGCUCUUCUCCUGUUGGAUCAGUACCGGCAGAAGUCACGACUCUUUCGUUCUUCGGUUCUUCUGGUUCCGCUCGGUGACGACUUUCGCUUUGUGGAGUCGAGCGAGUGGGACGCUCAGUUCAGUAACUACCAGAAACUCUUCGACUACUUCGACCAACACCCGGAGCUCCACGUCAAGGCUCGAUUCGGGACUCUCUCAGAUUACUUUGCAGCUCUUCAUCGGCGUCUGAAAGCAGCUCAAACGACUCUGCCGACAGUUCGCGGCGACUUCUUCACGUACGCCGACCGUGACGAUCAUUACUGGAGCGGAUACUUCACCUCCAGACCGUUUUACAAACGCCUCGACAGAAUGCUGGAGGCCACGCUCAGAGCGACAGAAAUCCUCUUCAGUCUUACGUUGGCCGAAAUGCGUUUCCGUGGCGACGGUCGUCUGGUUGCAGAUUUCCCGGCUCGUGAACACUUCCAGCAUCUCACAGCGGGGAGGCGGAGCCUGGCGCUUUUUCAGCACCACGACGCCGUCACCGGCACGGCCCGUGACCCCGUUGUUGUCGACUACGGCACCAGGUUGUUUCACUCGAUCCUGAACCUGCGCCAGGUGCUGCAGAACUCCGCCCACUGGCUGCUCCUAUUGGACAAGAGCCAGUACCACCAUGACCAGUCAAAACCCUUCCUGCAAAUGGAUGACGUGAUCUCGGCGCAGGACGCUCUGCCUCAGAAGACGUCGCUCACGCUCAGUGAUGAGCCCAGGUCACUGAUCAUCUUUAACCCGACAGAGCAGCUGCGCACGCCCGUCAUCAGCGUCAUCGUCAACUCUCCGGACGCUCGCGUUGCCGACGCGCACACGGGUCGACCAAUGGCUGCGCAGAUCUCUGCGGUGUGGGCGGAGCCGACACAGGCGUCCACGGAAACUUUCCAGCUCGACUUCGUGGCUGAACUUCCUCCUCUGUCGCUGGUCGUGUAUCACGUGACCAAAGACUCGGAUGGCUCCGCCCACCGGGCUCGCUACACCUUCCAUCAUCGCGGAAACACGCCGACCGUCCAGUCCAAACACUUCCAGGUGUCCCGCCCACAAGGACAUGAGGCCGACGGCCCCCUGUCGCUUAGCAACAAGCACGUCCAAAUAUGGAGCUCCCCAGAGACGGGCCUGCUGCAGAAGCUCCGUCUGCAGUCCGGUCUGGUCCGUCAGGUCCAGGUCCAGUUUCUGUGGUACGGAACAAGAGCAAACCGGGACAAGAGCGGAGCCUACCUGUUCCUGCCCGGGGAGGAGGGGGCCCAGCCCUACUCGUCCUCAGAGCCCCCCCUGGUUCGGGUCUCCAGAGGUCCGGUCUUCUCUGACAUCACUUCCUGUUUCCGACACUUCACACACAGAGUCCGGCUUUACCACGUGGACGGGCAUGCUGGGAGGUCCCUGGAGAUUUCCAACAUGGUGGACAUCAGGUCGGAGGUCAACCGUGAGCUCGUCAUGCGGUUUGUCAGCGACGUUGCCAACGGCAACCGUUUCUACUCCGACCUCAACAGUUUCCAGAUGCAGCAGCGGCGGACUCUGUCGAAGCUUCCCCUGCAGGCGAACUUUUACCCGAUGAGCUCGGCGUCCUUCCUGCAGGACUCGACGUCUCGUGUGUCUCUGCUGUCGGCUCAGAGUCAGGCCGUCGCUUCGCUCAGACCAGGGGAGCUGGAGGUGGUGUUGGACCGGCGGCUGCAGCAGGAUGAUAACCGCGGCCUCGGUCAGGGCGUCACCGACAACAAGCUGACGGCGAGUCUCUACCAGCUGCUGCUGGAGGACAGGAGGGGCGGGGCUCAGGAAGUGGGAGGGGCCUCGGUUGAGCACCUGUCACUGCUCGCCCACCUGACUUCGCUCUCCCUCUGCCACCCGCCAAUCACGAUGGUCGCCCCGAGCGGCGGCCGGCUGCCAAAGCUCCGCCCCUUCCUGCCGCUCCGCUCGCCGCUGCCGUGCGACGUUCACCUGCUGAACCUGAGGACGCUGGAGGACGCGCAGGAAGCAGAAAGUCCGUCGCAGGAAGUGGCUCUCCUCCUGCACAGGAAGGGCUUUGAUUGUAGCUCCGCCCCCGAGCCGCCACUGCAGUGCACGUGGAGCGCGCACGAGGAGGUGAACUUGGACGAUCUCUUCUCUCCUCUUCGGUUUCGUUCUGUCCGUCGAUCAGGUCUCACUCUGCUGCGAGAGGACGAUGAACCGGAAUCCGCCCAGCAGCAGCAGCGCAUCACUCGCCUGCGGCCAAUGGAAAUCAGCGCUUUCCGCGUUGAGAUCGAGUGACGGGACCAAACGUUUAAAUAGAGGCGCCCCCCCCCGCCCACGGUGGUUAACAGCCAGAGACCAGUAGAAUAAUUUUGCCAGUUGAACACGAGAUGUUUGUAGAUUUAAAAGAUCAGAAAAGUCGCAGUUUGUCGUGAAACUGCUGAAAACUGGAAAUGUGUGAUUAGAAAGAGGAAACGCCGUCAUGACUUCCUGUCCUCAAGCUAACCGUGCCAAAGAUGGACAGGUGAGCUAACGUCUGCCAUGUUGGUGACGUGGUUCAGAGGGCGGUUUCACUCAGAACCAAAACCGCCACGACAAACUGCGACUUCUUCACCGUGACCUCAGAAAGUGAAGCUCGCGGCUCAGUUCAAAGCCAUCAAUCAAAGUGUCUCUCGCUGUUAACUUCCUGCAAAUUUUAUGAAUAAGCUGGCGUGGAGAUGCAGGAGGGGGAGGGGCUUCAUCUUUCUCUUCCACGUUUCAUAUCACUGACACGACGAGUAGCCAAUCAGAAACCAGAUGUAGAAAGUAACGUGUCGGAGUCGAAUCUGUAAAAGUCAAAAGGUCAAACAGAAGUUAGAUCAGUUAAGACUCAGACGAGAACGUCACCUGUGAAAAAACAAGGUACAGGUGAAACCGUAGAAACCGUCACGGAGACGGGCGGGAACACAGGAAGUACACCCAGAGAGAAAUCUAAAAAAAAAAAAAAACCUAAAUUAUUUUGUCUUUUAUUUUAUAUUUCC